AGGUUGAUCGGAUGGAACGAACACCAACGCUUGAGAGAAAGCUCUGCAUUUAAAACGCCCAGAGAAGAAUCAGCAACUACCGUACCUCGUUUUUUCUUUCAUCUUCCUCCUAUUUUCCUGACCAGUACAGCGUUGUCAUGAGGAAUGCACAGGUUGCCUGGGAUCGUUGACUGCCAAUAAGUGAAUAUUCUUUCAGCGCUUCCCUCCAAUAUAAGCACAGUUUUUUCGCGUGCGAUUUUUUUGGGGGAUACCGUUUGGAUCCUAGGCUAAAAUAAAUCAGAUCCACGUUUGCCCGCCUGCAUGUUGUCAGCAAGAUUAUUGCGUUGGCUAUGUAGUGUAAUGUAGACCGGUAUCUGCAUAGUGUUAAUCUCUGUGUUCUGCUACCUUCUUAAGUGGAUUGCACAUCACCAGUCAACGAUUUCUUCCUCCUCCGACCUCGGGUGCUGUGGACUUGGAGGAAACAUGGGACUGCCUGCUCUGGAGUUUAGUGAUUGCUAUCUGGACAGUCCACAGUUCCGAGACAGAUUAAAGUCUCACGAACUGGAACUGGACAAGACCAACAAAUUCAUCAAAGAACUAAUCAAAGAUGGGAAGGCGCUCAUCCAAGCGUUGAAAAAUCUGUCCACGGCCAAGAGGAAAUUUGCAGAGUCUCUCAACGAGUUUAAGUUCCAGUGUAUAGGAGAUGCAGAAACGGAUGACGAGAUAUGUAUUGCAAAGUCUCUACAGGAGUUUGCUGGAGUGCUGCAGAACCUGGAGGAUGAGAGGACACGGAUGAUUGAAAAUGCCAAUGACGUGCUGAUCAUGCCGCUGGAGCGCUUCCGGAAGGAGCAGAUCAGUGCUGCCAAGGAAGCCAAGAAGAAAUAUGACAAAGAGACGGAGAAGUACUGUGCUGUACUGGAGAAGCACCUGAGUCUAUCAGCAAAGAAGAAAGAAGCACAUCUCCAUGAAGCAGACAGUCAGGUGGACCACGUGCGGCAGCAUUUCUAUGAGGUGUCUCUGGAGUAUGUGUUCAAGGUGCAGGAAGUCCAGGAGAGGAAGAUGUUUGACUUCGUAGAGCCGUUGCUGGCAUUCCUUCAAGGGCUGUUUACUUACUACCACCAUGGGUACGAGCUGGCCAAAGACUUCAACCACUUCAAGACAGACCUCACCAUCAGCAUUCAGAAUACGCGGAACCGUUUUGAAAGCACCCGGUCUGAGGUGGAGUGUCUGAUGAGGAAGAUGAAGGAGAACCCCCAUGAACACAAGAGCAUCAGCCAUGGCACCAUGGAGGGAUAUCUGUUUGUACAGGAGAAACGUUCUUUUGUGUCAACCUGGGUCAAGUACUACUGCACCUACCAUCGAGAGCCCAAACGAGUCACCAUGGUCCUGUUUGACCAGAAGUCUGGAGGCAAAGUGGGAGAGGAGGAGAGCUUCACUCUGAAGUCCUGCACAAGGCGGAAGACGGACUCUAUAGAGAAGAGGUUCUGUUUUGAUGUGGAGGGCGUAGACAGGUCGGGGGUGAUCACCAUGCAGGCUCUAUCGGAGGAAGACCGCAGGCUCUGGAUGGAGGCUAUGGAUGGGAGAGAACCGGUCUAUAACUUAAACAGAGACAGCCAAAGUGAAGGCAUGGUCCAGCUGGACGUGGUUGGCUUCAACGUGGUGAAGAAGUUCAUCUAUGCUGUGGAGACCAGAGGCAUCGAUGAGCAGGGUCUGUACAGGAUUGUUGGGGUGAACUCCAGAGUACAGAAACUACUGGGUCUUGCCAUGGAUCCUAAAACCUGUGCUGAUGUGGAGCUGGACAGUACAGAAUGGGAGAUCAAGACCAUCACCAGUGCAAUCAAGUUCUACCUCAGAAUGCUGCCUGCACCCCUCAUGACUUAUCAGUAUCAAAGGAGCUUCAUCAAGGCAGCCAAACGUGACAAUCAGGAGGCGAGGAUCACAGAGAUCCAUAGCAUCGUCCACUGGCUCCCAGAGAAGAACCGGCAGAUGCUGGACCUGCUUACGAAACACUUGGCAAAUGUGGCCAAUCACCACCAGCAGAACCUGAUGACUGUGGCUAACCUGGGGGUGGUGUUCGGCCCAACUCUGCUGAGGCCGCAGGAAGAGACUGUGGCAGCCAUCAUGGACAUCAAGUUCCAGAACAUUGUGGUGGAGAUCCUCAUCGAGAACCACGAGAGGAUAUUCAAUGACAUGCCAGUUCCGGGAGGUGGCCCGGCCAACCUACAGCUCAACCUGCAGCCGCGGAGGAGGAGCACGGAGAGCAAGGCCCCGUCCUGCAGCGAGAGACCCCUCACCCUCUUCCACACACCCACACACUCCCAGAAAGUGGAGGAGAGGAACAGUGUGGUAGUGAACUCUACUCCAGAGCUCCAGCAGCUGCAGCCAGCCCAGGCCAAGGCUCCCCACAACAACCCUUCAGCCAACCCCUCCUCCUCCUCAGCAGCGGUCAACCAUAACAGCAGUGGCAGCCACGGCCACAGCUGGACCCCACGCAACAGCCUGACCAGCACUGACAGGGACCAGGACAGGGGCCUGACUGCCAGGCAGAACUUACAGAGCCGCCCAAACUCACUGCUGAACCCAAAGAGCCGCACCAGUAUCCCAACGAGCCCAGCCUCACCCAGCCCCACCUCACCACGUUCCCCCUCCUGGCCGAUGUUCUCCGCACCCUCCAGCCCCCAGCCAGCCUCCUCCACCUCCAGUGACUCCUCCCCCAUCAGCGUCCCAGGCAGGCAGGCUAGGGCCCUCUACGCCUGCAAAGCCGAGCACCACUCUGAGCUUUCAUUCAUCGCAGGGACCACCUUUGAAAAUGUUCAUUCCUCCAGGGAGCCAGGCUGGCUGGAAGGCACCCUGGACGGCAGGACGGGCCUGAUACCGGAGAACUAUGUGGAGUUUGUGUAGUCCUGGAUCAGGACUGAACUGGAGAGACCACGCAGCUGCACUGUUUCCCUGCAGCUUAUUGGAAGUCUGGAGCACAGAGUGCUCCCUGCUGUGCAUGGUCAUGAAUCUGGAAUUCAGCAGCAGACUGUGUGUGUGUGUGUGUGUGUGUGUGUGUGUGUGUGUGUGUGUGUGUGUGUGUGUGUGUGUGUGUGUGUGUGUGUGUGUGUGUGUGUGUGUGUGUGUGUGUGUGUGUGUGUGUGUGUGUGUGUGUGUGUGUGUGUGUAUGUGUGUGUGACAGUCCUUAGUUCAUUGAAUUGCACUGCCACUGCUUUUAGUAUCUUCUAUUAUCAGUUGUUGGAACUUAGGAAUAUGUUUCCAUUUUGGGGUGGGAAAAAAGUAAUUGGUCUGAGGUUUGGACUGCUGUCCAACUUCUCUUCCUGUGUACUGCCUGUAGGAACAGGGCGGCUGGUAGCCUAGCGGUUAAGAGCGUUGGCCCAGUAACCCAAUGGUCGUUGGUUUGAAUCCACAAUCUGACUAGAUGAAAAGUCUGUUGUGCCCUUGAGCAAGGCACUUAACCCUAAUUGCUCUUGUAAAUCGCUCUGGAGCGUCUGCUAAAAUGUCAAAUGUCACAAUGAAUGGAGUUGACUGUGUGGGGGGCUUUCAUCUCUAAAUGAUAGGGGGGUAUUUUUCAGCGAGUAUCGCUAUAAAUGUGAGUGCCUUGCAUUGGCAACCCGGUAUUCCCCUAGACAAAAUAGACCACAGCUGCUGUUGUACCAAACAGUACAGCGGUGGGAGCAUAUAUUAACUCCCGGUUACACACAUUUAAUAGCUUUUUUAAUUAAAAAAAAUGGAACUACUGGGUGAAAUUGUCUCAAAAAACCUAGAAAGUUAACUGAACUGUUUUCAUUAACUGAAUUUUUUUUUCUUUUUCUUAACAGGUAAAAAAUGUUUUAAUGUGAAACUAGACCACUUGUGUUAUUUAUAUACAUUUUCAAAGCUGAGAUCUGAACUGUAUUCUUUUAGAGUGUAUUAACAUUGUAAAUACGUUUGAUAAGGUAUCAUUUUCUAAGUAUCACAUUUUGUAUUGUAGCAUAUUAACUGAUUUGUUUUUUAGCAUUUUAGUUGCUACAUUUUUUGUGUCAUUGAUUUCCUGUCCAUUGGGAGCCUGAAUAUUCUUUCUGAUCAAAUGAAUCAUGAACAAGGCUGUAUAGAAGAUAAUCUAUUAAAGACCAACAUUGAACUCGCA